GGAGCUGGUACCCGCUCACCUUCCUACUGAGCCAUGUAACCAGCCGUCGUCACCAUGGAACCGCCUGAUACUAGGGUUCUCCUUUCCCCGCCUGAGGAGACUCCGGCCCCUCCACUGCUGAAUGAGACCAUAGACCCUCCCUUGCCAAACCUGACUCCAAGACAUCAAGAGCUUAUCCCUACGCCAUGCGGCCCUAUCAAGCCGUGGUCAGAGCUGUCCUCUCCUGUCAAGAUAUACUUCUGCGUCACCAUCCUCUCACUGCUGAGCGUCAUCGGCUUAACUGUGGAGAACCUCGUGCAGCAGACUCACGAAGACUUCACCGUCUCUCUCAUCCAGCUCAUCGGUGUCGUCUUCUGCGUCUACUACGUGAGCCGGGGGAUCCUACAGGAGAACCGCCAAGAGCUGAUUGUCUUCAUCCUCUCCAUCUUCCUGGUCAUGUUGCGCUCCGUCAUCAACUUCACGGUCCUCUCCACUGAGCAAAAACCACAGCUGAUUGCCCGCUUUGUCCUGAUCCUCUUGGUUGGCGCCUUUGACGUCAUCUGCGCUGUCAUCCUGAUUCAAAGCGAGAGCAUGAUGGCCUUCCGGGUGGGCGGGGCCUUGGAGAGCCUGCAGGCCCAGUACUUCAUGCUGAACCUCUGCUUUUCCAUGCUGACCUUCGACCUUCAGGCACAGCUCUGCUUGUGUGUCCUGCUGCUCAUGACCCUCCAGGAAAUCUCCCUCCUGCACAUCAUCUUCCUGGCUGCUGGGAUUCUCUGGGCUUGCCUGAAAGUCACCUGUGGCAUCAUUGCUAUACUAAAAGAGUUAAAACCUUUCGCUUGGGUUUUCCUGGGUCAGAAUUUACCUGAAGUGGCUUAUCUUGCCUACCUGCUCUAUACGGUUAUCCUGAAGUGGGGCCAAGGGUCUUCCUACGCCCUGGAAGCCGCCGUGGUCACCGGCUCCUGCAUCUCCGUGGCGAUCAAAAGCGUUCUGUUUUGGGCACUCUUCCAUGUCUACCGCAGUUUCGGGCAUGGGUUGAGAGAGAGGAUGUUUUCUUCCUAUGGAAGGAUCGAUUCCUGAAGCGCGCCUUCCCCUCACCGGGCCGACGACGUGGUGCUCUUAUAGAGCGACAUUGCACCCAGGAAGUUCCCGCGCCUCCCUUGCCAGCGACCGGAGAAGGUGAGACCCCCCCCCACAGGGCAGAUCACUGAAGAAGGGGGUUCCUAGCAGCAUGCGGUGCCUGGCACCCGCUAGACCUCUCCUGCCUUACAGCUGGGACUCUUGCCCGAUCCACCGGACGUCACAAGACUGAGUGGCUCACGCCCUCGACUCCUCCAUGCCGCUCCCAUCUCUGCUGCUACUCCCGGCUUCAACCCAGCGGUGGCGAUGCCCGUUUGGCGUUGGUUUGCAUCACAAGGCUUUGGUAUCACUCAAAACCAACGCGGGUCAUUCUUCCUUCCCCGGCGGGCUCGCCUACCAGUUAUGUAGGCGUGGGCAUUGUGACUUCGGCAGGGUUAGGGAUGGAGGGGGCGCACUCUCUUUUUGCCCCCACCACUGUUCCCAAUGUAUCCUUUUUGCCAACUGGAGCUCAGAUCCCCUCUCCCCUUCCUCGCCUGGCCCCCGCUAGCAUCUUCUGCUCAGACUAACAAGCCCUCACACAAUCCGGCAUUUCCUGUACCAGACCAGAAGCACGGGUGACAGGACCACGGACGCAAACAGAGGCAGUUCUUUCUAACCCCCGCCCCUCACAGCUUGACGGUGCCAGCUGCAUUUGUUUGGCAUCAAUUCCCUUCAGGUUGAGGAAUGCCAGUCCUACUGUCCCGGGGUCAGAAUCCCUUGGCCCCCACCUCCAGAAACAGCAGCUUUUCCUAGCACACCUGGCUCCUUACAGGGCUGCCUUGUUGUGGAUAGGGUGCAGAGUAGACAAGGAGGCAUUUCACUGCUGUGAAAUACCUUCAACGCUUGCAGGAUGCAAUCUCUUUUUUGGUGUGUGUGUGUAUA